AUGCUAUCUGAACAAACACGCGCAAUUAUCAAGCAGACUGUUCCGGUCUUGGAACAACAUGGCACUGUCAUCACCAAGACGUUCUACAGGAACAUGUUGGGAGACAAUAAGGAACUGCUGAACUACUUCAACAGAGCCAACCAGGCAAAAGGUGCUCAGUCAUCUGCUUUGGCUACCACCGUCUUGGCCGCCGCCAAGCACAUCGAUGAUCUAUCUGCUAUCCUUCCUCAUGUCGAGCAGAUUGGGCACAAGCACAGAGCUUUGCAAAUCAUGCCAGAGCACUAUCCUAUUGUCGGAAAAAACUUGUUAAGAGCUAUCAAGGAAGUUCUAGGUGAUGCUGCCACUCCCGAGAUUAUCAACGCUUGGGCCGAGGCUUACGGCGCCAUCGCUGAUGUCUUUAUUAGCAUUGAGAAGAAGAUGUACGAUGAAGCCGCCUGGCCGGGCUGGAAGUCGUUCGAGGUUGUUGACAAGGACCAAGUGUCUAGUGACAUUGUCGAAUUCACCGUUAAGCCAGACGCUUCUUCUGAUGUUGAUUUGGCUAAGGUGCCAAUUGUAGCCGGUCAGUACAUCACUGUUAAGUCCCAUCCAACCAGACACAACAACGAGUACGAUGCCUUGCGCCAUUACUCGAUCUGUUCCGUUACUUCAGACCGCGGUUUGAGAUUUGCUGUCAAACUGGAACAACCACGAGACAAGCCAAUUGGAUUGGUCUCGGAGUACCUACAUAAGGAUGUUUCCGUUGGGGACAAACUGUUUUUAAGCGCCCCUGCUGGCGACUUCACUUUGGAUGAGGAAUUGAUGAAUCAAACCGAAGUUCCAUUGGUUUUACUGUCGGCAGGUGUCGGUGUCACUCCUCUACUUGCAAUGUUGGAGGCUCAACUUCUAAGGAACCCAGAGAGACCAAUUUUCUGGAUUCAAUCGUCUUACGAUGAGGCAACACAAGCUUUCAAACCACACGUUGAAGAGCUUCUAGAGAAGUGUGAGAGCUAUGAAAAGAUCAUCGUCCAUACUUCGAAGUCUUCACGUAUAGACGACAAGUUCCUCAAGGAGCGUGUACCUGGUCACGCUGACGUCUAUAUUUGUGGCUCUCUGGAGUUUAUGCGAUCCAUGGUUGAUCAUUUCAGCACUCUAAACCAUAAAAGUGAUUUCAUUCAUUACGAACCAUUCGGGCCAAAGAUGGCUACCGUUAAGGUUUAA